CGCGUUACCUUUUGGCAUGUUUCUCUUCCUUUCUCCUACUCCCUGCUUCCUUUCUGCUUCACACUAACACACUCCACACCUUUCUUCUCAGCUGGGGAUAUGGGAAAGCUCAUGCAUGCGGUUCAGUACAACAGCUACGGUGGAGGAUCCUCUGCCUUAAGGCAUGUUGAAGUUCCCUUGCCCACUCCCAGUAAAGAUGAGGUUUUGAUUAAGUUGGAAGCAGCUAGUCUAAAUCCAUUUGAUUGGAAAGUACAGAAAGGCAUGUUGUGGCCACUUUUGCCCUCCAAGUUCCCAUAUAUACCUGGUACUGAUAUAGCAGGAGAGGUCAUAGAGGUUGGUAGGAGUGUACGAAAGUUCAAACCUGGAGACAAAGUUGUAGCCCUUGUCAGCCCAUUUAGUGGUGGAGGACUGGCUGAGUUUGCUGUUGCUAAGGAAAGCAUCACUGCAUCAAGACCAUCAGAAACCUCAGCAUCAGAAUCUGCUAGCUUACCUGUAGCAGGUUUGACAGCUCUCCAGGCAAUCACCAAAACCAUAGGGAUCAAACUUGAUGGGAGCGGUGAACGGAAAAACGUUUUGAUCACUGCUGCAUCAGGUGGUGUAGGUCACUAUGCCAUCCAACUGGCAAAGCUAGGAAACACUCAUGUGACAGCAACAUGUGGUGCUCGCAACAUUGAAUUGGUCAAAAGCUUAGGGGCUGAUGAGGUAAUUGACUAUAAGACCCCAGACGGUGCUGCUUUGAAGAGUCCCUCUGGUAAGAAAUAUGAUGCUGUGAUACACUGUGCAGUGGGCUUUCCUUGGUCCACCUUUGAGCCUAAUUUGACCUUAAAUGGAAAGGUUGUAGACAUAACUCCAAGCUCUGCUUCAAUGUUGACAUUUGCUCUGAAGAAACUUACCUUCUCCAAAAAGCAACUUGUGCCUUUGUUUUUGUUACCCAAGGGUGAGGACCUUCAAUAUCUCAUCGAUUUAGUCAAGGAAGGAAAGCUUAAAACCGUGUUAGACUCCAAAUAUCCUCUAACUAAGGCUGAAGAUGCUUGGGCCAAGAGUAUUGAUGGUCAUGCAACUGGGAAGAUAAUUAUUGAGUUCUAGAUAUGCAUACGAAUGCUCCAUAAACUGAAUUUACUGUAUGAUAUGAAUUGAUUCAGGAAUACCUUUGAGUUUUACUUUGGUAUGACAUGAAUCACUGUAACAUAAGAUUUGUUUGGCCCUGGAUACUGUAACAUACAAUUUGGUUGGAAAAAGUGACCGUAUGUACUGCCUAUAUAUGAUAAAAGAUGACUAUAUGCUUGUUAGA